AUGACCAAGAAGUCCGAACUUAUCGUCAUUACCUUGAGUGGCAUGGACGUUAUGGCUUGCGAACUCACUAACAAUGUUUAUAGCCCUAAUAAGAAAUUAAAUCCAACAGUAUAUCCGUGCUGCCGCCGGGUCCGCCUACCUGAAUGCGCGCACACCUAUGCCGAAACGUAUCAGAAAGUGCUACGAUAUGGGGCUUGGCUGCGAACGCAUCACGGCAACUCGGACACGUUUGUGUUCUUGUGGUUCGCCAUAUGGGCUGUUAGUGCCAAACCUGCAUUCAUUAACUACCACCUCAAUGGAGCCCAACUUGCACAUUGCUCACGGGCUGCAACCGCAAGUCUGGCCAUCCUCGACCCUCGCCUUGAAGCCAGGCUCAAUGACGACGUACGGCAACAGGUUCCCGAUAUGAAAUUUGUCGUGUUUACUCCGGAAUGCGAGCCUGAGGCCCUGCGCACAGAACCCGUCCGGUUUCCCGACUCGGUGCGCACCGAAGACAGCUAUACCGCAAUGGCGAUUCUCAUUUACACUUCUGGGACGACGGGUUUGCCGAAACCAGCCAUCGUUUCAUGGGGCAAAAUCUACGUGGCAGCCAUGUUGUCUGGAAAUGGCACGGGAACCAAAACAAGUGACGUGUUCGUUCCCAGCCAGUGUACCAUCAUCCAGUAUGUCGGUGAAACUUGUCGCUACCUCACCGUUUCGCCCCCAGACAUCGAUCCUGUAUCAGGUGAGAACCUGGAUAAGGAGCAUCGCGUCCGUGUCGCUAUGGGAAAUGGGCUUCGGCCAGAUGUCUGGGAUCGGUUCAAGAAGCGAUUCGGUGCCAUCGGAACAUGGAACCUGAGCCGCAACUCAUUUGGAAAGGGGGCUAUCGGCUGGUACCGGUUAUUGUCCAAGACAAUUCUGGACAUCCGUACGGCCACUGUGCGCCUAGACCACGAGACGGAAAUUCUUUGGCGUAAUCCUCAAACUGGCUUCUGUCAGCGAGUCAAGGCUGGCGAGGCGGGCGGAUUCAUUGUCAUGCUUCCCGAAGACGACGUCAGCAAGCGGUUCCAAGGAUGCUACGGAAACCCAGAGGCGUCCAACUCAAAAGUCAUGUACGGCGAUGGUGACGGCCUUGUCUACUUCAGCGACCGCAUUGGAGAUACUUUUCGGUGGAAUAGCGAAAAUGUCUCGACUAGUGAAGUUGCGCAGGCGCUUGGUCUUCAUCCUGCCCUGCCCCAUCACGACGGCCGCGCUGGUUGUGUCGCAGUUUUUUCGCUCAGGGUACAUAAAGCGCACCAAAUAUCCAGCUACACAGGAUCGCUCUUUCCAAUAGAACUCGUCUUGGCACGGAUCAUCGGGCACGAGCGUCAAGAGUUUGAGUGGCAGAUUGGGGCUGGUCCAGGGUGGGAGAUGCCUGUCUCUGAGAGGUGGUGGGAUUAG